AUUUAUUUCGAAAUUUUGUAAUUAUCCUCUCUGAAAGGAUUUUGUUUUGGAACGGGAUUUUCUUUACCGUUCAUUGUAUUUUGAGGUGAACAGCACUUCAUAUUGGGUGGAAAUUUGCUGAACUACAUUUUGUAAGCGUGUUAUAGAAAAUGUAGAAAAGGCAACUCAACAGAUCGGCUGUCAGACCCUUGGAUGCAUUUUGGAAAAUUUUACAUCGCCAUCAACGAAAUAAGGUGAAGUCAGUAUGAAAAAUCUGAAGACUUCAAUCCAUAUAUUUUUUCAUCGUAAGGGGAAAGCAUUGCUAAAACUCUUUGCUGCUCUAGUUAUCCUUUAUUUUCUGUACUGGAAAUUGCAUUGCAUGAUCUUCACCCUGGACAAUGUGCUCUGUGUUUCCGUCACUGGACGCCUAGGUAACAUCAUGUUCCAAGAAGCCUUUGUAUAUGCAUUUGCCAAACAGAAAAGCAAACCUACAAUUGUGUUCAAUAGUGACAACCCACUGGUCGAUACGUUUACACUGGAGGGUUUGAACUGGAGGUAUGACAGUACAUACUCCUGCUCUUGUUACUCCCUGUAUCAAGAUAGAUGGAAUUGUGCAUUUGAUGAUACGUUUGAAAAUCUAGUUCCUUCCAAACAAACAUUUCAAGUUUUUGGAUAUUUUCAGUCAUGGAGAUAUUUUAUAGGUCAUGAGGAAGAAAUUCGGAGAAUGUUUACGUUUAAACCACAUAUAAAAGCGAAAGUCAAUGAACAACUGCGGUCUAUUGUUAGUUCAUUCAGUGACAGAGGGGUGACGGACAAGACCGUUCUCGUAGGAGUCCACAUAAGAAGAGGAGAUCUCGUCAACAAAAAAGUCUAUCUAGGACUCUUUAGAGAAUUUGGUUAUAAUGUGGCACCCGAGUCGUACAUACAUAACGCUGUCAAAUUUUAUCAAGCAAAGUUUCCAGAUGUCCUGUUCAUUGUGUGUGGAAAUGAUAUAAGGUGGGCCAGAGAAGUUAUGCAGAAAUAUGACAGAGUCUACUUUCGUGAGGAAAACACUCCCCCAGAAGACAUGGCCCUGCUGACUGGGACCCACCACACCCUAAUGACAGUGGGUACAUUUGGGUGGUGGAUAGGGUGGCUCACUAAUGGCACCACCGUGUACUACAAACAUACUUAUCAAGAGGGCACAGAUUUCGGUUUUGAAUUUCAUGGAAGUACAAAAGAUCACUUUCCACCAAACUGGGUCGGCUUAGAAUAAUCCGGCAAAUCGGAUUGAGAUAUUUUUUUUUUUGUAUAUGUUAAAGCUACAUGUUUGUCUUUCUAAUGUAUUCUUUUUCUCGAUAAAGGUGCUGCCCUUUCAACAUGAUAUAAUCAAUGUAUACAAAUUAGAAGAAUACAAGGAUUGAAAGAUAAUAUAUUAUGGAAGUAUGGAGAUAUUUCUACAUAAUCGGCUUUGCAGACAGAAUUAAGCGAGAUGCCGUUGUAGCCAAAGAAUAAGACAGGGGAAUGGGAUUAAGUUGAUAUCGAUUUGAAAUUAAUUAUAAAGGCCUCAAAGUCACCAUGGGUCGCAUCGGACUUAGUGAUGAAUCAUGUAUACUAAACGAAGUCUUAAAUGGAUACCUUAAAAAAUGAAGAUAGGUAUACAUGUAAAUUAUUUGCUCGUAUUAUCUGAAAGAUAAUUGGAAACAUUUUACAAUCAUAUCUCAUUACCUAUUUUCUGUACAGACAUAUAUUGUUAUUUCAAUGACAGUAGAUCUAGAUGUAUCAAAUAUUAAGUUGACACAACAACCACUGCGAAAUGAGAAAAUGUUUCAAUACAAGUGUAAGACAAUUUGUCUUUUAAAAAACUGGAUUGUCAGGAAUAUUUUGUAUACAACAGAUCUGCGAGUAUGGUAGAUUUGAAACACGGCAAGAUCUUUCCAAAAAUUGGUAAAUAAAUUAAAUGGCUUUGUAAGUAUUGCAUUUUUGGGGAAAGGUAAUAGUGAAGCUGAGUAUACUACCAGUAUUUGAUAUGAAGUGUUGUGUUUUUAUUAAGACGAACCCCGUAAGUACUUAUGAUUUCAAUACUGGUGUCCAUUGUCUUUCAGGUUUAAAAAAAAUGCAAAUUAUAUUACGAAAAUAACAUAAAUAUCCACAUUCAGUAGGAUUUUGUUUGUGAAAAAAAAAAGAAUACUGGCCCAAUGAUUAUACAAAUAAGAUGAAAUAUAUUUAUGACAAACGUCUUGGUGAAUUCAAUUACAAAUUGCUGAAUAAUGAAUAGCAUAUGUUGUAACUGCUUUUUAUUAAAAUUAAACGCUAAAUGUGAUUAUUGUGAUGAUAACAAUGAAAUUAUUACACAUGUGAUAAUGUAAAAUAUGUGUGGCUCAAGAUGAAUUCGGUUCAUAUUUGAUGUAUAAAAUAUAUCAAUUCAAAAUGACUUGUAGAAUACAAAAUAAUUUACAGUGUACAAGAAAACUUAAUGCUAGACCAAUUUAUCAAAUAUUCAUUAAAAAACCAAGGAUAUAAAUUUCAUGCAUCGACUGAUCAGAAAGAUA